UCUUACACAAUUUAGUCUCAAAAUGCUAAGACUUUAAAAUAAAUUUUAUUCAGCUUUGCAGGAUUUGGAUUUUCUGGAUCCAUUUGUUAAUUAACUUCUACUACCAUCAGAGAAUCUCUAUGGGGAUGAGAAGACAGUAGGGAAAUUGAAGUGCUUUAAAAAAGGGACAAGGAUUUUCUUGGAGUUUUUCUCCUAACUUUUCCUGCCAUAUCAAGGACAGUUCAAGGGUAUAUAUGAAGGUGGAUGCAGUAAUGCUUUGAGGUAGCAUUGUGUGCAAAUUAUUUUAAGUAUCUAUCUGCUGUAUCAUUCCAAAAAUAGCAGAGAAACUGUGAGGGUGAUCAGUUGCGACUGCAGUAAGAAUGUGUGGUUCUACUGAAUCAAUGGUUCUUUGGUCUUAGUUUAGCACCUUUGCGGAGAAAGGAGCAGGCGGAUUUCAUCAACAACAAUUUCAGUCAGUAAUGAUGCUUUUAUUAAGCCUAAAUCCUCCCCUUCGUCCAUGGAUAUUUCAAUAAGAUGGGGGAUUGAGGCAGCAGUAAAAGUGCCGAGUGAGGGUGGAUGCUUUGACAUUAACACUGCCUUUCAUGUAGGAAUGCUUGUGGUGUUCCCAGGAUCCAUCAUGGUUGCAGUAACAAACUUCUACCUUCCAAACAAUGCCCUCUCUAGUAAUGCACGAGGGAGGGACAACCCUUUUUCAAAGACGCUUCAAUUUCCCUACUAUACUUCCCCUGAGAGAUUCUCUAUCAUCUCAUCAGGAAGUUUCUAAGCCUUAAUUCACUUUUGCAGGACAUGGAUUUUCUUAGAGUUUUGCUCCUCCUAACUUCUCUUGCCAUAUCAAGGACGGUUCAAGGAUAUAUAUGAAGGUGGAUGAAAUAAUGCUUUGAGGUUGCAUUAUGCUCAAAUUAAGCCAUACCAGACUAAUUCAUGGACUUACACCCUAUCCAUCUGCUGUAUCAUUCCAAAAAUAGUAGAAAAACUGUGAGGGUGAGUUGCGAAAGCAGAAAGAAUGUGUGGUUCUGUUGGAUCAUCGGUUCUUUGGUCUUAAUUUACCACCUCUGGAGAGAAGAAAGGAACAGGCAGAUUCAUCAACAACAAUUUCAGUCAGUAACGAUGCUUUUGUUAAGCCUAAAUUAAUCUUCCCCUUCGUCCAUGGAUAUCUCAAUAAGAUGGGGGAUUGAGGCAGCUGUAAAAGUGCAAGAACAAUAGAUUUUCACUAUUAGU